GUUCUGCCCGUCGAUGUUGUCGAUUUUCUCUGACCGAAACAGCCUGUGCCCCUGCUGUCUCUCCAUCCGAGCGCAUUCGCAUCCGCCAGCGCCACCGAGCUUGCCGCUACAGAAUCUCAAUGUUUUUUCGGGACCGCGGGACUGGAUAGAGGUCGUUACGUCUUCCACCACUCUCCCGGAACAACCCUGGGAACGUGGGCAGAAAUCAUUAAUCAGGGCCGGCCUCCGCAGUGCUUAAGAUCUGCGGUGGAAACGUCCGGUAGUCUAGCCCUGGCGACACUGGCUGGGGCCAUCGGUUCCAUGCACAAUUUCAAACUCGCGACCCCACUUACAUACUCGUCGGGCCAUACAGUAUCCUGAGAGCAGAAGGUGCGCUGUAACUCGUGGCUGACACAUCCAUCAGAAUCAGUGAUAGUCGACGAGUGAGCAGAACAACCGCUCGGAAUUUGUCACAUACAUACUCACAUUUCAUCUCCGUCCGAGCCUGUCUCGUCAUGGACUUAUGCUAGUUUGGUUAGGGGGCUCUCGCUUCCGCGACUGUCUCCUUGCCAGACAACUUUCCGGGUCCCCAAUCACAGGUUCUGUUCGUCGGUAACGAGCGCCACUCGGUGCUUGUCAGAUCUCGUCCCAUGUUAGCCGUCAGACCCGACUCGCGAGUCUCCGUUCGACCCGGCGAAUCUGCACUGAAAGUCGUACCUUGGCAUCAGGAUCCUGAACUUUCGGACAGACCGUUUCUAGUCUCUGGCCGGUCUUCAGGUUAAAUGUGUUUCCAAGCACCAUGUUGGACCACAGUUCAAUGAAAACUGGUCAAUGCAGUCCGUUUGGGAUGUAGUCCCUGACAGGACUUGUCCCUCGGGCCCAACUGUGCCGCCCACGUUCCGCGACUUCAGGACUCUUACUUCGAAUAAGCAUUUGAAUUAGACUCCUUCGUCAAUGCACUCGCUCUCUGCCCAUGGCCAACGAGCGCAUCUAUAACCUUCAAGAUGAAUAAUCCAAUGACGCUAGUGCCAUAAAGUACCGCUCGCCCGUUGACCUCGCAAUGCCAGCAAACUCCUGGCAUGAUCUCCGCUCGCGCCUGCCUUGGACUGUUCCUGGUCUCUCUCGUCGCGGCAGUCGACACGCAUCAGCGUAAAUGUGCACUCUGUCCUAACAAGCUGCACGACAAAACGACCGGCCAAAACUACAUAUUCGAACUGCGUGAAAUUCAGCCUGUCUAUGUCGUCUGUGGAUAUGCCGAACAGCGCAUGAGCAAGAUGAUGGGACGCAACGGAUGGCCGUAUUGCACUUACAAUGACGAUGGUAAAUUGAACGGAACGGACAUCAAUUGUUGUCCAGCACAGCUGCCCUUGUCCAGUAUCACGGAAAAUUGUACCGAGUCAAUGGAAAUUUAGUGACGUCUGUAGUCAAGAAAAAACCGCUUGAGCGAUUGCAACCGGUGGAAGAAAUCAGAAAGUCGGUUGGAAGCGUGCGUGAGUA